AUGGAUAGAGACACUAAAUUAGCUUUUAGGCUGAGGGGCAGUCAUUCAAGAAGGACAGACGAUAUAGAUGAUGAUGUUAUUGUAUUUAAGACGCCAAAUGCUGUUUAUAGAGAGGAGAACUCACCUAUUCAAUCUCCUGUUCAACCCAUUUUGUCUUCACCAAAACUUGCGAAUUCUUUCGAGUUUCCUAUUACCACUAAUAACGUAAAUGCGCAGGACCGUCAUGAACAUGGGUAUCAGCCCUUGGAUGCAGAAGACUAUCCCAUGAUCGACUCUGAAAAUAAAAGUCUUAUAAGCGAAUCGCCGCAAAAUGUUAGAAAUGAUGAAGACCUUACUACUCGUUACAAUUUCGAUGAUAUACCCAUUAGACAGCUAUCAUCGUCUAUCACUUCUGUGACCACAAUUGAUGUUUUAUCUUCUUUAUUCAUAAACUUAUUUGAAAAUGAUUUGAUUCCGCAAGCUUUGAAGGAUUUCAAUAAAAGUGAUGAUGAUCAAUUUAGGAAACUAUUGUACAAAUUAGAUCUGCGACUCUUUCAAACGAUAUCAGACCAAAUGACCAGAGACUUGAAAGACAUAUUAGAUAUCAACGUGUCGAAUAAUGAGCUCUGCUACCAACUGAAGCAGGUACUUGCUCGAAAAGAAGAUUUGAACCAGCAGAUAAUAUCGGUACGAAAUGAAAUUCAAGAGUUGAAAGCCGGUAAAGACUGGCAUGACUUACAAAAUGAACAAGCCAAACUGAACGACAAAGUGAAGCUAAAUAAGAGGCUAAAUGAUUUGACUUCUACUUUGCUAGGCAAAUACGAGGGAGAUCGCAAAAUUAUGAGCCAAGAUAGCGAGGACGAUUCAAUACGGGAUGACUCAAAUAUUCUGGAUAUUGCACAUUUCGUAGACUUGAUGGAUCCAUAUAACGGACUUCUGAAAAAGAUAAAUAAAAUUAAUGAAAAUCUUUCUAACGAAUUACAACCAAGUCUAUAG